GACCAUGACGAGCCCAGCAAGUCCUCAAGCAAGUCCAAGGUCAAGAUGGGGGCUUUUCAGGCCAUGGGCUUGUCUCAGGCGGUUGCGCGAGCCAUCAAUCGAAAGGGCUACAAGGUCCCAACUCCCAUCCAGCGCAAAACCAUUCCUCUGCUUAUGGCUGGUCAAGACGUCGUGGCUAUGGCACGUACAGGCUCGGGUAAAACAGCAGCCUUUUUAAUCCCACUCUUUGAGCGCCUCAAGAACCACAGCGCUCGGGUGGGUAUUCGAGCGCUGGUGUUGUCACCCACGCGUGAACUAGCGCUGCAGACGUUCAAGUUUGUCAAGGAGCUAGGCCGCUUCAGCGACUUGCGCUCCAUCUUGAUUCUGGGUGGUGACAGCAUGGACAGCCAGUUUGGUGACAUGCACACAAAUCCGGACAUCGUCGUGGCCACGCCAGGCCGUUUCCUCCAUCUCAUUGUGGAAAUGGAGUUAUCCCUUGUGACUACGGAAUACGUGGUUUUUGACGAGGCAGAUCGGCUCUUUGAAAUGGGCUUUGCUGAACAGUUGCGCGAGAUUAUGGCCCGUCUGCCAGAUACGCGUCAGACAACCCUGUUCUCAGCCACGCUCCCGAAAGUUUUGGUGGAUUUUGCCCGGGCCGGCCUGAAGGAGCCGGCUUUGGUGCGCCUUGAUGCCGACACCAAGUUGCCUGAACAGCUACAAACCCAGUUUUUCCAUUGCCGGCGUGAGGACAAACCUGCGCUGCUCCUCUACGCUCUUCGCGAAAUCAUUCCAAAAGGCAAGCUUACGGUCAUCUUUGUGGCCACCAAACAUCACGUGGAGUUUUUGCGCGAGCUUCUGGCCAAGGCCAACUUUGAGUCCACCUAUAGCUAUGGUAGUCUGGAUCCCACGGCACGAAAAAUCAACGUGGCCAAAUUUCGCAACGGCAAGGCACCAAUUCUUCUGGUGACGGACGUGGCCGCCCGUGGUAUUGACAUUCCUAUGCUGGAUUACGUUAUCAACUAUGACUUUCCCGCUGCCCCCAAGCUCUUUGUGCAUCGCGUUGGUCGUGUGGCCCGUGCUGGACGCAGUGGUACUGCCUACUCAUUCAUUGGCAAUGAUGAACUGCCCUACGUCGUCGAUUUACACGUUUUCCUUGGGCGCAAAUUUAAGCCAGCUCUCAAGCGCUCCAAGCGAGAGGAAGACGGCCUCUUUGGCGCUGUUCCCCAGAGUGUGUUGGACGAGGAUCGCGAAGCCGUCGAAUCCCAUCUCAAGGGCAGUGUCGACUUGCAGUCUCUGCACAAGGUCAUGAUCAACAGCUACAAAAACUAUGAUCGCUCGCGACCUCAGGCGGCCACAGAGUCUGUCAAGCGCUCCAAACAAGUUGAGGAGAUUGGCUAUCAGCUUCACCCCGAAUUCCUCAGUCGCAUCGCCACUGGCGAGCUGGAGAAGGAGACAGUGCUGAAAGCGCUUUCUCGCUUCAAGCCGUCUCAGACAGUCUUUGAAGUGAACAAAAAACCAACGGAUCCCGUAUUGCUGAUGAUGUCUGAGAAACGGGCAACGCACGAACAGUAUCGCCACAACGUGACAGAGCGACGCAAGGAAUUGUUGCAACAGGCUGACUGGAUGAAGGAUCGCACUGCCUCCCUCAAUCAGACGUCGGACGGCCUGGAACAAGCUACAGGCGAUGACCUCAUCGAGGCCUUUAGUACGAUUGUGGCACCGGGUCGCAACAAAGCUGGUUUGCCUGAGGCGGCCAUUGCCGUCACCAAGGGCCAGCGUGCAGUCGGCGAGGCUUCGGCCGGCGUCACCAUUACACGCGCAAAGGAGGCGGACGACGUCUUUGUGCCGUACCGUGCUACCAAUACGCACGAUGAGCGCGGCUAUGCUAUGCAAGAGGGUGGUUCGUUUGCCCGGGCUUCAGCACAGGCUACUUUCGAUCUUACGGGCGAUGACAAUCAGACCAUGCACAGCCAGUCCCAGCAAAAGCAGUGGGAUCGCCGAAAGAAAAAGUUUGUGGGCGCCAGCGGUGACAAGAAGAUGAUCAAGACCGAGGCUGGCAACAAGAUUCCGGCCACCUACCGCAGCAAUCGUUACGAGGAGUGGUCGUCGAAGAAUCAUGCCGACAAACAACGUCCCGGAGAGGAGGAGGACGAGCGUCAGGUGAAGCGCUGGCACAAGGACCCGCGUGAACGCCGGCGUGGAUGGCACAAGUCCGGUGCACCCAGCGAACCCGAGGGGGACUUUGGUGGGCCUCCCAGCAAGCGUGGCAAGCAAGGCGGUCGGCAGCAGGGCCCUCCGAGCAAGGCCAAGCGGGGUGGAGAGUUGCGACCCAAGGAUCAAAUUCUCAAGGAGCGCAAGCGUCGCGAACGCCAGCAGGCACAUGCCGCCAAACAACAACGUCUCAAGUCCAAGCGCAAGGGCAAGAAAUGAGAGCCGUAGCUUUGAUUCUACCACCAAAAUCACUCUCUUUCUCUCUUUCUCUCUCUCUCUCCUACACUUCUUCUUUUCUGCGUUGGCUUGGUUUGACUUGCUUGUGGAUUGUGGAGUAUGGAGUGUGGAGUGUAUGUGUUGAGGUCACUGUGUAAACUGUCAUGCAGCUUCCGAUGUGAUGGCUGAAGGAAUCGAGUGAAAGGGGCUUC